AUGACCUCGAAAUCUAUCGACGAUAGCCAUAGUAAAUAUUCCAAUGCAAAUGAAAGCAUCGAUCGUCAGCAACACUGUCAAGACAUAGAUGAUGACGUGAUCGAUGAAGAGAGUCAUCACCAGUUGGUCGAUGCUAUUACACCCAUUUAUACUGCUAACUCGAUGCAAAAAAAUUAUUAUUAUAGUACUAGUACACCUGAAUGCUUUACACCGUCAUAUGUUGAAGACAGUUUCCAUAAAAAUGAUUCAAGUAAGCGCAAACUAGUGGAAUCGGAAAUUGCAAGUAGUUGCUUGUCUUUCCGUGACAGCGGAUAUAACAGUCAAAGUCAAGAACUUAUAAAUAGCAAGCUUAUAGGAAGUCGAAUUGGCGAAGAAACCAUUGACUUUAUUACUGAAUUAGCUAAAAUUAAUUGCUUCUACGUUUGCAACAAGAUUAUGGCUUUCUUGAAUGAAAAGGACCUAGUUAGAUUUGCAACUGUGAAUCGAGAUUGGCGACAGGUAUGCUUACAAGAUUAUAUAAGCAAUAAGAAACGACGAUUGUACCUUAGUCAUAGGCGCCAUAACAAUCUUGGUGUAGAGAAUUCUUUGGCUCGCAUGAAAUUAUACAAAACACCUCAACCAUUGAUGACAACUCCAGUUGGAAAUGAAAGAACGCCUUUAAGUGAGAUACAAUAUUCGGCAUUAAAGGAAAGUUGUACUGUUAGCAGCGAAAGAUUUCAACGCAAGCCAGAAGUUAAAUCGCCACUAGAAAGUUAUCGUCAUUGCCCUGGAUGCAGUUCACCAUCUUUAGAGUAUGGCGAUUAUAGUCGAUGCUCUCAAUGUAAUUUAGAAUUUUGUAACAAAUGUAGUAAAAAUAUGAAAUUUCAUGAUCAACAUACUUGUACAGCUAAUCUAACACCUGGCCAAUACUCUAGUAUGCCUCAAUCUAAAUUGGCUAGAGCACGUCCGAAGGGAAAUAAAGCAGUGAUAGGAAGUAGUAUUGUUAAAAAAAGACUUCGUCGUUUGUGA